AUGCUCCACUACCGCACACAAGGGUACAACGGCUGCGCAGUCAAGUACUCUCCGUUCUUCGACAAUCGACUAGCAGUUGCAAGCUCCUCAAAUUUCGGCCUUGUUGGCAAUGGCCGCCUACACAUCUUGGAGCUCACAGCUAACGGAAUCCAACCUUUAAAAUGGUUCACCACACAAGAUUCCCUCUACGACCUCGCCUGGUCCGAACUACACGAAAAUCAAGUACUAGCCGCAUCGGGCGACGGCAGCAUCAAACUAUUUGACUGCACAGCAAAUGACUUCCCAAUCUCAAACUGGAAAGAACACGCGCGCGAAGUCUUCAGCGUAAACUGGAAUCUAAUCGCAAAAGACCGUUUCUGUUCAAGUAGCUGGGAUGGCACAGUACGAAUUUGGUCACCGCAUCGCCAACAGUCCCUCCUCACCCUCCCAACCCACAGCUGCACCUACUCCGCAUCCUUUUGUCCACACAACCCAGACCUUAUUUCAUGCGUGACUUCCGACUCCUACGUGCGCGUGUUCGAUCUCCGCACUCCUGCCUCGGCUUCUAACCACCUCGUCACUCAAAUUCCUAUUCACGCUACCCCUGCUGCUCCUGCUAUCCCCGGUCAGCCAGGUGGCCCCACCCCGCCUGCUGAGGCGCUCACCCAUGACUGGAAUAAGUAUCGGCCUACAGUUCUCGCUACGGCUGGUGUGGAUCGUGCCAUUCGGACGUUUGAUAUCCGCGCCCCACAGCAGGGCCCGCUGGCUACUAUGCUUGGACAUGAAUAUGCUGUCAGGAAGCUGGCUUGGUCGCCGCAUCUUUCCAAUGUUCUAUUAAGUGCUAGUUAUGACAUGACUUGUCGCGUAUGGAAUGAUAGGUCCGAUACUGGUGCUGUCGGGGAUGUGGAUCUCAUGCGCGCUGGUCCGGGCGGUCCUACGGUCGGUGCGGAAUUAGGGCGCAUGGGUAGGCAUACUGAGUUUGUGACGGGUGUUGAUUGGUGUCUGUUUGGAAAUGAGGGCUGGUGUGCUAGUGUUGGCUGGGAUGAAAGUCUCUAUGUGUGGGAUGUGCGAGCUGCGAUGUCAUAG